ACACACACUUCUUCCACUGCCGGCGCUCCAGUCCUGCCCGCCUCGCUCCGCUCCCCUCGCGCUUCCUCCUCCGCCUCCUCUACCCGAUCCCACUCGCAGCAUCCUCCGCCGCCGCGCAGCGAUGGCAGGCCGCGCCCCUUACUUCGCCCCCGAGGAAGGCGCCCGGGGCAUCCGCCCAGGGGAGUCACCUGCCGCGGCGCUCCGCCGGAUCCUGGCGACGCCAGGCGCCCACCAGGCGCCCUGCUGCUUCGACGCGCUCGGCGCCCGCCUCGUCGAGCGCGCGGGGUUUCCGAUCUGCUUCAUGGGCGGUUUCUGUGUUUCUGCUGCACGACUUGGAUUGCCUGAUGUUGGAUUAAUCUCCUAUGGAGAAAUGGUUGAUCAAGGGCGUCUAAUCACCGAAGCAGUUUCGGUUCCCGUGAUUGGAGAUGGAGACAAUGGUUAUGGAAAUUCUAUGAACAUCAAGAGAACUGUAAAAGGAUACAUUAAUGCUGGGUUGGCUGGAAUCAUGCUUGAAGAUCAGGUGGCACCAAAAGCAUGUGGACACACUGAAGGAAGGAAAGUCAUCUCGAGGGAGGAAUCAGUCAUGCACAUCAAAGCUGCUAUAGACGCAAGGAAGGAGAGUGCCUCUGACAUUGUUAUUGUGGCAAGGACUGAUUCUCGUCAAGCUGUUUCUCUUGAUGAAGCAUUAUGGAGAGUUCAGGCUUUUGCUGAUGCUGGAGCAGAUGUUCUAUUUAUUGAUGCCCUUGCUUCAAUAGAAGAGAUGAAGGCAUUCUGUGCCAUUGCACCUGGAGUACCAAAGAUGGCAAACAUGUUAGAAGGUGGUGGUAAAACUCCCAUAUUGACCCCUGCUGAACUCAAGGAGAUUGGUUUUAGCCUUGUAGUCUAUCCGUUGUCCCUAAUUGGGGUAGCAAUGCGUGCAAUGGAGGAUGCUCUACUCGCGAUAAAAGGUGGUGGCGUACCCCCACCUGCCAGCCUGCCAUCUUUUCAGGAGAUCAAGGAUACUCUAGGGUUCAACCGCUAUUACCAGGAAGAUAAACAGUACACUGUCCCGCAAGCCCAGCCAUCGACGCCAAGUGGUAACCCGUAGAAAGGAGCAUCCCCAUUGGCAUAUGGAAAUGGCAUCCAGGUGUCCACUGAGCCAUCAGUAUCCAUUUGCUUUUGAAAAUUUGAGAUUUGUACCUCCGAGCAAUGAUAUAGAGCAAUCGUGUUUAUCUUGAGGCAGACGAUUUUAGCAAGUUGUAAAUGAGGUGGUGAAAUGUUUGUAAACGUAUGCUGCUUUUGGUGUCAGCAAACCUGGAUUCCUGGUGUCAAUUUCAAUUUCAAUAAACCAACUUUGAGGUA